AUGUCCUACCCUACUUUCAACUUCCAUACCACCGCUGAGGACGUUGCGACUGCUUUUUCGGAUGAGAUAAAGGGCAAGAAUGUUCUUAUCACUGGAACCUCCAUCAACGGGAUCGGAUUCGAGACUGCCCGUGCCAUCGCAAAAUAUGCAAACCUAGUUGUGAUCACUGGGCACAACGAGGAGCGAUUGAGACUCGCUGAGGCUGCAAUCAAGAAAGAAGUCCCGCACGCCAAUAUUCGCGCUCUCAUCCUCGACCUCUCCUCCUUCGUCGCCGUGCGCACCGCCGCAACGGAGGUGAACGCCUACGAAGAGCCGAUCCACGUCCUGAUCAACAAUGCUGCGGCCCCGCUCGGCCCGUUCAAGCUCACCGUCGACGGACUAGAGAAUCAAAUAGCCACGGACCACCUCGGGCCGUUCCUCCUCACCGCGCUCAUCGCGCCGAAGCUCCUCGCGGCCAGGACGGAGCAGUUCACACCGCGCGUCGUAUUCGUGUCGAGUCACGCGCACAUUCUGUGCAAGGGCCCCGACUUUGAGACGCUCAGGAAGCCCGAUCCAGACACCUACCAGGCGUUCAACGCGUAUGCCCAUUCCAAGUCCGCCAACGUCUUGACCGCGGCGGAGCUCUCGCGGAGGUCGCACGGAAAGCUCAAUGGGUACAGUCUGCAUCCGGGAGAGAUCCCGACGAACCUCCUCCUGAAAGAGGAGUCCCUCGAGACGAUAAAGAGCCAAGGGAUCCUCGGGCCGGACGGCCAACCCAACACGCGGGACUUCCACUGGAAGACGAUCCCCGAGGGCGCGGCGACGACCGUGGUUGCUGCGUUCGACCCGCGCCUCGCCGCAAGCCCCGGCGCAUACCUGGACAACUCGGUCGUCGCAAACGAGAAAAUCGAAGAGCACUCCGCGGAUCCGGCGAAUGCCGCCAAGUUGUGGGAUUUGUCAGAGGAGAUUGUGGAAGUCAAGUUCACCUUCGAAUUAUAAGGAAGCUACGGGAUGGGCCGCUCGCACUGACAAGGCUGCUCGAAGAAAAUAAAUAAGUUUGGAAUUUUCGGUGUGCUAUCCCUCUCGGGCUCGAAAUAUGUUCGAGUUCUCUACUUGAGUCACCAUCGCAUGAGCAAGAUAUUGUGGCUUCAGCAGCCUUACCAUGUUGCGGCGCUGCGAACGGGGUUGGCAGUGCGGAAUCUAAAGUAUGUAGAUUUUGCAGACUCAAAUAGUCAUGGUGACGCCAUUCGGAUCUACUCGGCAUGUUUCAAAGCACCGAACGAGCCCGGUAGUUCUACUUCG